GGCACGGCCGCGGGCCUUGGCGCUCCGGUCAGCCUCGACACGGCGAUCCGUGAUCAGGCUCCCGCCCUCCCGCCGGCCCCCCGGCUUUCAGCUUUCCCAGGCUCCCGGCGCGGUGAAUGCUUCUUUCACCAGCAGUUCCCCUCUUCCCAAAAAAGCAUCACCUUGCCAGCUCCCUUCCUCCCGCCAGCUGCCAGGAAAAUAAAAAUUAGGGCAAGGAGAGGGAGCGAGAGAAAAGCCAAUGAACUUGUUUCCAGCUUUUCCUUCGGAUCAGCCGUCCAGCACCGGGAGAAAAAUAUUUCUCCUGUAAAAAGAUCCCCUCUCUGUGCAGGCUCCGAGCCCUUCGGCACCGGGACGCUGGCUGGAGACAUGGGCUCAGCUCGGCGGCAGAGGACACUGUAUUGCCACGGGUGCGUGGAGCCGUGGGGGUGUCCUGACCCCCAUGGGGAUGCCCUGGGAGCUGUGGGGACCUGUCACCCUCCUGCCAGUCCUGCUCCUGGGGCGUGGGGACUGUCACAGCCCUGUGCUAGCAGAGUGGUGGGGCUGGAGGUGCUGAGCCGCAGCGCAGAGCCAGGUGCUGUUGGAUUGGUCACCCCCCCCGACCCCCUUGCCGCACCCUGCCAGAGCCUUCCCGGAGGUCUCCCGGGAGUGGGGGGACAUGGGGAGCCAGCGAGAGCAGCCGCCUGGCCAAGCCCUUGCUCCGCUGCCGGUGCGCGACGGACCACAACUCGGACAACACAACAGCGAUGCUGCAGGAGUGGCUGGGGGCGGUGGGGAAGGACUAUCACUCGGUGGUCUGGAAGGCACAAGAGGAGCCCAGCGGCAUGCACCGAGUUUGUGAGUUCCCAGCGAGCAGGGUUAACCCCUGCCUCCCCCCGGCCCAGCUCCUACGCUGACGAGCUUGGGCCCAAGCACUGGAGCGAUAAACGCUACGAAAACCUGAUGAGGCUGAAGCAGGAGGCUCUCACCUACGCCCGGGAGCAGCGGGCAGACUACAUCCUGUUUGUGGACACCGACAGCAUCCUGACCAACAACCAGACCCUCAAGUUUCUCAUGGCACAGAACAAGUCGGUGGUGGCCCCCAUGUUGGACUCGCAGACCUUCUACUCCAACUUCUGGUGUGGCAUCACGCCCCAGGGGUACUACCGCCGGACGGCCGACUACUUCCCCACCAAGAACCGGCAGCAGGUGGGCUGCUUCUCCGUCCCCAUGGUCUACGCCACCUUCCUGAUCGACCUGCGGAAGGAGGAGACGUCGCGGUUGGCUUUCUACCCGCCCCAUCCCAACUACACCUGGGCUUUUGACGAUAUCAUCGUCUUCGCUUACUCCUGCCAGGCAGCUGGCGCGGAGGUCCAUGUGUGCAACCAGCAGCGCUUCGGCUACAUCAAUGUCCCCGUGAAGGCCCACCAGACGCUGGAGGAUGAACGCGCCAACUUCGUGCAUCUCACGCUGGAGGCCAUGGUGGAUGGGCCCCCCAUGCAGCGCUCCAGGCAUAUUUCCCUCCUUCCCAAGCCGCUCACGAAAAUGGGCUUUGAUGAAAUCUUCCUCAUCAACCUGGUGCGGAGGCCGGACCGGCGCCAGCGGAUGCUGGCGUCCCUGCGGGAGCUGGAGAUUGCCCCACGGGUGGUGGAUGCUGUGGAUGGGAGCACCCUCAACAGCAGCGACAUCAAGGUGCUGGGGGUGGACCUGCUUCCCGGGUACUACGACCCCUUCUCCGGCCGCACGCUCACCAAAGGCGAGGUCGGCUGCUUCCUCAGCCACUACAACGUCUGGAAGGAGAUCGUGUCCCGGGGGCUGGAGCGGUCAGUGGUCUUCGAGGAUGACGUGCGUUUUGAGGCUGCCUUCCCGGCACGGCUGCAUCGGCUGAUGGAGGAGCUGGAGGGGGCACAACAGGACUGGGACCUCAUCUACCUGGGGAGGAAGCAGGUGAACGUGGAGGACGAGGCACCCGUGGAGGGUGUGCGAAACCUGGUGGUGGCCGGGUACUCGUACUGGACGCUGGCCUACGUCAUCUCCCUCCGCGGGGCCCAGAAGCUGCUGGCUGCCAAGCCCCUCUCCAAAAUGCUGCCGGUGGACGAGUUCCUGCCCAUCAUGUACGACAAGCACCCCAACGAGGAUUACAAGCAGCACUUUGCCCCCCGGGACCUGCUGGUGUUUUCGGCUCACCCCCUCCUGGUUUAUCCCACUCACUAUGCUGGGGACAGCAACUGGCUGAGCGACACUGAGACCUCCACCAUCUGGGACGACGAUACCAAGAAGACAGACUGGGCUGGCUCGCAGAAGAACCUGAGGGACUCACGGGGCGGUGCUGGCCACCUCCGCUCCACCGCCCGCGACGAGCUCUGAUGGGACAAGGGAUUGUGACCCAGCUGGGAGCACCACAGGCUAGUGGCCUGAUCCUGCCCGCUCCCACUUGAGAGAUGCAGCUGCCCGGGACAGAUCGCCGCAGGGUCCUUCCAAUCUGCAUGUGGCGAAUCCACCCAAGGCAGGAUUUGCCCCAGGGCUCCCGGAGAGCCCUUUCCCUGCCCAGGUGGAGGGACUGGGGGAGCACUGUGCUCCGUCUCUGCUGAGGACACGUCUCCAGGACUGCCCUGACCGAUGCCAACUCUGCCGUCUCCCACGGGCUUGGACUUUGGGGAGUGUUUUUCAGGCCGGGGCUGGCUCCCGCGGUGGCACACGUGGCCUCCUGCCACCGACUGGGCUUGUCCCUUGCCUGUGCCGUGUCUGGGCUGAAGCCCAGGGAGGAUUAAAGCAGACUGUGUUUGAGCUGA